AUGAAGGCUGAUGCUCGUCCCCGACCAGCGCUUCUCUUCCAUUUCUUUCUGGCAACUUGUUGGAAAGGGCCGUCUGGACUGUUUCGCCCAUUGCUGGACUUUUUGGGUCCUCUCCCAAACGUACUGUCUCGAGCCCACAACUUUUUCUCUCUCACUUCAGCUACAUACACCUCGAUUCAAAGCACAGCAUUCAAGCGGAAGGGUAAAGAGAGAGAAAAAGAGUUGAAUCCGGCCUGGACCUCGACAGCCCUGUUGAUCAUCAGUCGACUAACCCCAAGGCAUCCUGACCGUUCAACACCACCACCACCACACUCACCACAUGCUGUCGGCUGGUCCAGCUCGGAGCUACUAGGUACACCCGCCCACAGACACACCCCUGCCCAAUUGCUGCUCCUCCCCAAAAUAAUAUUAUUUCUCGCCCGGAGGCUUGUCUUUGCGACUCACUUUCUACCUGCCCAUCUGCCUACCACCUUCGAACAACAACACACGAUACCGCCGCGUCUACGAAUCACUUCACUUUCACAAUACUCCAGCCAGGGACAAAGUGUUCGACACUCGUUGUCGAACCUGUUUAGCAUCGGUAGUUGGCAAUGGCCUCUUCAAAGUCUUGCUGAUCACUUCGUCCUCGUUCAGGAAAUGCAGCAGACCACAAGGCCAUUGAACCAACACCGUCCCUCUCUAUCAACUGCUUCCUCUUCCGGGCUUACCACACGACAAUCCCACUCUCGCACCAACUCCCAUUCCAUCCUCAGCGGCGCUCUCAAUGCCAACCACCGUGUGACUCGCCGCAAGUCCAUGACAAACACCGCCGCAAACGCGGCGGCCAUGGCAGCGGCAAUCAAGGAAGUGGGCGGCGACAAAGUCACGCCCAUUGCCGUCAGCUCUCGUAGGAACACUGCCUCAAAGAGUGCUGCAGCCCGCGUCGCCAUCAUCGGGAGUCUUCCCUCGCCCCCAGCGAGUCUGCCGACGCACAAAUUCCACUUGGAUGGAAAGACAGAGAUCCACGAGAGCGCCAUUGAGGAUGACCCAGUCAUCGGGUCAGCCGACGAAGGCGAUGAUAAUGCUCAAAAGGCUCGUAUUCGUCGCGCCAGCGAUGGUCAGCCUCUCGUAAAGGAGGGCAGGAAGUUCAACCGCAUCGAGCUCAAGUGCGAGACGUGCGGAAAGGGAUACAAGCACAGCAGUUGCCUGACCAAGCAUUUGUGGGAACACACUCCCGAAUGGUCUCUGACAUCCAAGCUGCUUAUUUCCAAGCAUCAGCAAGUCCAGCUCCUUGAGGCUGCCUCUGUCUUGUUGACCAUGAACCACAAGGAAGAGGGUGAUGCGGCGACGCCCCCGGAUUCCGCCAAGGAUUUCCCUAGUGACCAAGAAGAGUCGACUUCUCCCGCUGCUUCUGGAUAUUCAGACGAGCGACACAGCUCUGCCGAUACCACCCCACCUCCUCAAUUGGAGGGAUUCUCGUCGUCGGAUCGUUCGUUCGCGAAGCGGUACGGGUCCGCAAGUGGAUUUGGUCGUUCAUACCAGUCUGCGCCGUCCAUCAACCCUCUCGUGACAGGCAGCAUGCCACGUGGAACAGGAUUUUCUUCACACUUUCGUCAAACCAGCCAGGACCAACGACCGCCGUCGUCAGGAAGAAAUGCCACCGGACAAGAAGAUCAGGAUCUGGCAGCGGCUGUGGAGCUUCUUAGUUGCAGCUUCAACAGCAACAACGGAAGAACAGUGCAGCUUCCAGCGGACGCUCCUCCUGUGCCCCCGCUACCGGCGCAAUAUCUCGACCAGGCGGCAUCUUUCUCGAGUGCUGGGUUCAGCGCAGGUUUCAGUGCCGGAUUCCUCAACAGCUUCCCUAGCAGGCAGCCAGAGAGCUUCACACGAGGCGAGGUCCGCGGCUCGGAUGUCAAGAUGGAAGACAGCGACAGCGUGAUGGACGAUGAUGACUUUGACCGCCGAUCUCGAUCUCGAAGCGACGAAGAUGACGACGGCGUCUUCGGACGUAUGGAGGAAUAG